AAGAUUUAUCUUCGGAUGCUUCAGUCGCAUACAGAUGACAUUGCAGGCCAGUCUGUAGAAGUGGUAGAAGAAGAAGAAGUCAAAGCCUUCACCUAUAGUAGGAUAUACGCUCUAUGUGUUGGGUUCUAUGCAUAUAGAUAUUUCAUUGUAUGUGCCAUUAAAGAGCUUCGCCUGAAAUACCAGUUUUUUGAAUAUUAUAUUUUCGCUCGAGAUGCAAUACGAGCAGAAUCCGAGAGAUUCGCUACCAUAGAUUGGCCAGAAAUUCCAUUCCUUCUUUUGCACAUUAGAUUUAAACUGCCAUAG